ACACUGCCACACACUACACAACAGAACACAACAGAACUCAACGCGUAUUUUGUUUUGCAUGUUGCGUUUUUUAUUAACAUUUUUUAUACCUUGCCACCUGCGCACAAUAAUAAUAAUUAGGACAAAUGGUGCUACAACAAAUUAAACUGCUGCUGCUGGGCAUUAUAACGCUCUGCCGGCGUGCGCUUUGCUGCUUCUCAAGACGCCGCAAACUAAGCCACAGCGCUGGCGACCAACUGCAGGCCGUGACAAUAGGCGGCGAUUUUGCCACCACAACAGCCAGAGCGGCGGCAACAGCGAAUGGCAGAGAGCGUGACUGGAAUAGCUGGGACGACAGUCCACGUACUGUGGAGGAGCACAUAGAACAGUAUCGCCAGCGCAUGGCGCAACCAGCCACGCCGCCCAAAGAGGAGCCCGAACCGGACUUUUUCAGCGAGCUGACACCUGUUAUAAAGCCGCAGCCAAAAUAUUAUCUCAACGAUGCCACAGGCGCAACAGCGGCGCCCACAGACUUUACACGACUGCAAGCAACCGAUAUGGUGCCCAUUAGCGCCAAUCCUGAUCUAGAAGACUGGGUGGAUGACAAUGCCGGCGGCUGGGAGGAGCUGGAUACCUCACAGACCAAACAGAUUAUACGCGAUAAGCGACGCGAAUUGCGAACUCAGCGUCAGCCGGCAGCUAAGCCCAGUAUGCCCAGCAUAGGCGCUCAGCGCAUUGGCGACCAGCAUCAACACCAACAGCAGCAUCAGCAGCAGCAGCGUCUGGCGUAGUCCACAGUGCACAGUGUCCACACCAAAACGUUCCUUAACUUAUAGUUGAUGUUUCUUUUUACGCUACGCCUACGCUAAUGUUCGACUUGAUUGACUUGGCACAAUAAAUGUGUCACGUAGUUUAUUUGCUAUAUGCCUUUCACUCACACUUCCUGCUGCAAUACUUCCUCACGCGCUGCGGUUAACCCAUUGUUGCCCAAUUAACUUAGAGCCACGCUUCACUGCCGCCCAG